GUGGUAAAGUCCUGCACAAGCACUUGAAGUUCAGUUACUUUACGCCGUCAUGGCGCUGAUUUCGUCCUUUACUCCUUUGCUCAUAGCGAUUCUGUGCGUGGUUAUCGCUUUUCUUUUCAAAAGAUACAAAACUACGGAGUCAAAUAAGGCCACCAAACCAAGAGGAGAAUCCAGACCGUGGGUGGACGAGGACCUCCAGGAUGACACAGAAAUGAACAGUAAAGACAACGAGAGUGAUGACUGGGUAGUUGAAGGGACAGAGAACCUAACCCACGUUCCCUACACACCUCGCCGUUUCACUGAGGAAGAGAUGCUGCAACGCUCUCAAGAGUUCUUCACCCUCCUAAACCAGCGGCGAUCCGUCCGCUUCAUCAGCCGGGAACCCGUCCCCAGAGAGGUGAUCAACGACGUCAUACGCACAGCAGGUACGGCACCAAGUGGUGCUCACACUGAACCCUGGACGUUCGUGGUGGUGUCUGAUGAGGAGACCAAACACAACAUCCGAAACAUUGUGGAGGAAGAGGAAGAGAUCAACUACAAACAGAGGAUGGGAGACAAAUGGGUCCAAGACCUAAAGAAACUCCGGACAAACUGGGUGAAGGAGUAUCUGGACAUGGCCCCGUAUCUGAUUCUCAUCUUCAAGCAAACAUAUGGAAUUCUGCCAAACGGAAAGAAGAAGACGCAUUACUACAACGAGAUUAGUGUGUCUAUUUCAUGUGGACUCCUUCUUGCUGCUCUGCAGAACGUGGGACUGGUUACUGUCACAUCCACACCUCUGAACUGUGGCCCACAGCUCAGACUCCUCCUCCGUCGGCCAACCAAUGAGAAGCUGCUCAUGCUGCUUCCUGUUGGCUACCCAGCGCCUGAUGCCACAGUACCCGAUCUCACACGCAAGGAACUUGAUGACAUCAUGGUGUUUGUCUGACAUCAUUCAGUUCAUAAAUGACACCUGUAUGUUGUCCUACCAAAUAAAAACCUCCUAUUUACCCUACCUUAUUCCACAACAGGAGUAAAGUCACAGUAGUAAAAGGCUUCUCAAAACACAAGACAGUGGGUGAGUUUGCAAAUUUCUGAAUGAGAUGGCAUAAUGGCAUUCUUUGACAAGGCCCGUUUAAGUACAGCGGGACAGGCAGUCAGAAUGCUUUAAAUUUCCUGAAAUUUUGCAUAAUCCAUUUCAUGUUCUUUUCAUCUUUCUUAUAUGCUGUAACUUUUUUGUCAAUUUGGUAUGAAUGUUGUGUGGUACAGUUAUGGAAUAGGGCUACAGUAUUGUACAGUUUAGUGUUUCAUAUCCUGUGUAUGUCGUCAAGCCAUGUGUGAGAGACAAUGCAGCACAUUGAUAACAAACAUGAGAAUCAUUUUUAACCACAUCAACGCAUCAUGCAGUGCCACAUUUGUUCUGCACCUCAUUUGUCCCCAGAGUAUAAUAAUUUGUCACCAGAGAAUAAUCAGUGAAUAAAUACUGUAUGGUGUACAGAAGGAUAAAGCACAAAGCAGGUAACGUGAUUUACACUGUCUCCUGGUUGCAAGAAGGACACUGUGAUAAUAAAUAUGCAGUGUUGAUUUUGGUUUUAUGGGAAAAUAACAGGCACGCUAACUGUUUGGUAAAUUGCUGGUUCAUUGGGAGAAGGGUCUGGAAUGGAUGUGACUGGUCUGGGCUGCUAGUUUAUUGGGGCAACAGCAGUGGAGGGUAGUGUUCAGGCUGGAAACAAAAGUCCUGGAAGAAUAUUUAACUUUAUCUCCAGACCACGUAUAGGGGAAAGAGAUAGAUCUUAAAUAAGGUGUUGGGUACUUUUGGUUCAGCUUUAAGAUAAUUUCCAAGUUAUGGCAACAAGUGUGGAGGACAGGAUAGGUUAGUGAUGAUCCAUUAUCUAUGGGUUCCAAUAGCAGACUCAGAAAAUUAUUUGUAUAAAUUAUUAGUUUUAUAAAGUUUCACAGCAUCAAAAACCAGGGAAAAAAUCUCUUUUAUUCUGACAUAAGCCUUGGUCACCAUUUUCUGCAGUGGUUACAAAAACUCAUUCAGAAAUAGAUUUUUGUGUCACUUUUGCUUACUUACUUUUGCAUUAAAAUAUAUCCUUGUUAUUUUGUAUACUUUAA